CAUCAAGCUCGAUCGUCUUCGCAUGUUAAUGUGCCCCGCACUCGACCAGACUUCCUUCAUCCAUCUCUCCCAGCUGAAGACCCUCACAUCUAUCGAAUUUGGUGUUCUUUCUGACAUCGCCUCCACUCCUGCUCUACCCUUUCCCGCAUUGGAAUCGCUCGUGAUCAGACUUGGCAGUUUCCCGGAAACGCUCUUCAUCAUGGGAAAACUCGCUCGUUUUCUGUCCGCCAUUCAUAUCGCUUCAAACGGCGUACCUUCCCUCGAGAUUGCGCGAGAGGCGUUUGGUACUAUCUUGAUACGCCCUGGCAGUCUGACACGCAGCACCUUGCAGACUGGUUUUGCCGACAUGCACCCUUCGCUCCUUCAAUCUUCUUCCAGGGGAAAAUUUUUCUCUCCGCUUCUGUCGUUCUCCACUCUACAAGUGCUUGAUUGGUCCUUUGCAGAACGGGUUGAAUUCACAGAUGCCGAAAUGGAGCAGCUGGCGCGCGCAUGGCCUCAGCUUGAGCGCCCUAGCAUCAUCUUCACGCCCGCGAUUACGAGCCAGUGGGAAUGCUGUCCAGUGUUCUUGCCUUCGCGUGACACUACCAUCAUCUGUGAUAUCUCGCAAUACCCCUGAGCGCCUCGAAAAUCGUGUAUAUACCCAUCAACAACCCCGCGGGCGGCCUUCGCCACAAAUGCUUGAAGACUCUCAAUAUAUCAUCGGCACUCGUCAACGAAGGAGGGCAAGUGGACCUAGCGAUUGUCUUCGGUCAAAUGCUUCUGCGGCUGCAGUCUGUGUCCCUGUAUGCGCAGGAUUCGGUGCUUCGCAGUGACGGCACCAGGAUUCAUGGCUGGGACCAACAUUAAUGCUGCGUUGCUGUCCCUGCAUGAGGCAAAGAGGGAAGGGGUGUUUACGUCGUGGGCUCAUGAGGGCGCUCGGAGGUUGGUUCUCGAAGCGUUUCAUAGACACCUAGGGACCAUGACUCAUGAGUCGCUGAAGUGCAUGAAGAGAGAUUUAUGAGGUUCGGGUCCAGGGAGGGGGAAGAAUUGUCGC